AUGGAGAAUAAAGAACCCAUAGUCAAUUUUUCAUCGACGAAUUCUUCUUUAGAAUAUUUCAAGCAUGCCCCCCUUUCUGAGUGGGGAUUCGAGUUCUAUAAAAACCAUUACAUUAAAACAAUUAGAGGGAAGCCUCGAUUGAAACAUAUCUAUUCCAAGUAUCGACUUUGUUUGGACAAUUUACCGCAUAUAAAAGAGUUAUCAGCGGACAAAAAAUUGGCAAUUGAUAAUUUGAUAAAGAAACUUGUAAGUCAUACGAUCUUUAGUCUCAAAAAAAGUGAAGAACAACAGUCAGAAACUAGUACAAAUUACUAUAACUAUAACUAUGGAAUUGGAUCAAUUGGACUGCAGGGCAAUGUUUACCUCGUACCUAGGAAAAAAACACUGGAAGGGUUAGAUAGUUUAGAAGAAGUAGCAGCUGAGGAAGAAACAAGGAAAUCAACACCAGUAUCUUCAGAAUACUUAUCCCAGAGUGAACCCAAGUCGGAUCUUACAGAGACGACAGACGAAUCGUAUAAUGAACCUCGACCAUUAUCCAGAUAUGGAGAAUUACUAAAACAACGAAAAUAUGUUCUAGUGUUUCUAUUUUCGGUAAAGGCUCAAACAUUAUGGGUGAUAAAAUAG